CAACCCUAUUGCUGACGCCGCACUCGAAGCUAAAAUUUGUUUACCUUUAAAGAAAUGCUAACAAAUUAUAUUUUAGUCAUAUUAUUAGUGAGUUUUGGAAGUAAAGCAUGUGCAGACGAUGAAGGACUAUGCAGUGCAGAUCAAAAAUCCUGUGGGUCAAGUAAACCCGACGAACCAAACCAGGAUGAGUUAAGCUUCAAGAUACGUCGGCAGAUCGAGAAAGCUAAUGCCGACUAUAAGCCCUGCAGCAGCGAUCCCAAGGACACCGAUUGCUCCUGCCACACGGAUGUUCUGAAGCGGGAUCUCGCACCCUACAAGUCAACAGGUGUCACCCGGCAAAUGAUCGAAAGUUCGGCGAGAUAUGGAACGAAAUACAAGAUAUAUGGACACCAAUUGUACCGGGAUGCCAACUGCAUGUUCCCAGCCCGCUGCCAGGGCAUCGAGCACUUUCUCCUGCCACUGGUGGCGACGCUACCCAACAUGGAUCUCGUGAUAAACACCAGGGAUUACCCGCAACUAAAUACCGCUUGGGGUAACAGUGCUGGUGGUCCGGUCUUCUCGUUUUCCAAGACAAAGGAGUACCGCGACAUCAUGUACCCUGCCUGGACAUUCUGGGCUGGAGGACCAGCCACCAAACUGCAUCCUCGUGGCAUCGGGCGCUGGGAUCAGAUGCGCGAGAAGUUGGAGAAGCGGGCGGCAGCUAUUCCCUGGUCGCAGAAGCGCGAUAUGGGAUUCUUUCGAGGCUCACGCACCUCCGACGAGCGGGACUCCCUAAUCCUGCUCUCCCGCCGAAAUCCGGAGCUGGUGGAGGCUCAGUACACCAAAAAUCAGGGCUGGAAGUCACCCAAAGAUACACUAGAUGCACCGGCCGCUGAUGAGGUGUCCUUCGAGGAUCACUGCAAGUACAAGUACUUGUUUAAUUUCCGAGGAGUGGCCGCCAGUUUUCGGCUGAAGCAUCUGUUCCUUUGCAAGUCGCUGGUCUUCCAUGUGGGCGACGAGUGGCAGGAGUUCUUCUACGACCAACUGAAGCCAUGGGUGCACUAUGUGCCGCUAAAGAGCUACCCCAGUCAGCAGGAAUACGAGGAAAUAUUGUCAUUCUUCAAGAGAAACGAUGCCCUGGCCCAGGAAAUCGCUCAGCGAGGAUACGACUUCAUCUGGCAGCACCUGCGCAUGAAGGACAUCAAGUGCUACUGGCGAAAGCUGUUGAAGAGCUAUGUAAAGCUUCUGAACUACGAGGUGAAGCCUGAGGAUGAGCUAAUCUAUAUUUCACUUAAAAAAGAUGAGCUGUAGGGACUAAAUUAGUAUUAAGUCAAACGAUUUCUCACUACUUUAUAAAAGCAUUUACUUUUAAGAUACCGUUAAUCUCUAUAAACUGUCCACAUUCCAAUUA